AUGGCACUCGUCGUUUCUAGAAAUUCUAGUGAAUCGGGAGGUGAUGAUAUGUCAGAAACGAUUGAACCUCCAUUUCCAGCAAUGGCCACGAUGCCCUCGUCACCCCAGACACCUAAAAUAAAAUCCAUAUCCAACAAGCGCGGUAUCGAUAUAUCUUCAACACUGUGCUCGAUGUCUAGACUCAAUGUGGGGACUCUGGAACUCGCGGGCCAUGAAGUUCGCUCCGUCGAGAAGGACACUGGAGCCCGCGACAGUCCAUCUCCGACUAAAAAGAGACGGAUUUCACGAUUGAGCGUGCAGGAGAAAGACUCUGAGCCAUUUACUUCAUCGUCUUGCGGAAAUUCUCUUUUUAAAGUUGAUGAGAAUAAGAAAUUUGUACCCUUUGACGACGAUAAAGAGAAGAUCUAUGAGAGAGUAGAGCACAUUUUGAGUCAAGAAAGAAAAGAGAUGGCUGAAGUGGAAAAGCACUUUUUGGACCAUGUUGAACUCUGCGGAGGUAUUGAACAAAAGAAAAUGGCUCUGAACAACAUCGUGGAUGGCGAGGAUUAUGUAAAGGAAGAGACACAUGGGAAGUUUGAACUUGCUAUCAGAACCGAAAAUUUGGAAAAGAAUAUACGGAGCGUACAAAAAAGGGAAGAGAGAGCAGAAACUGAUGUCACGCACUUAGAUUCAUUAGGCGAGGACAUGGCUGAGAGCUCUGAAUCUGCUUUUGGCAGCAAAACUUUGUCAAAGACCGUGCAGAGCGUGAGAGACAGAAAAGAGAGAACUGAGAUGGCUCCUAAAACCUUCGAGUUGUUGAACGGUCUGGUAGAAACAAAUUCUAACGACGGUUUGAAAGAAAUGCGAAGCUUAGCUGAUGGCUUUGAGCGUGUUAUCAUGCGCUUAAAGCUGGAAGAAAGAUUGCAAAUGGCGCUAGAACAGAAAGAGGGCGCCGAGAUAUAUCCCAAGGAAAUGGAAACUUCAGAGGACGAGGUAGGAGCAGGAAACAAAAAAACAUUACUCACAACCGAGAUACUCAAAAGUUUUAUCAUCGGUAGGUUAGAAGAGGACUUGCAGAUGUUGAAGGAAACGCUUGAAACUAGUUUCGAACGCUUGGAGCACUUGAAUGACGAAAUAGAAACUUCAUUUAAUAAGGCUAAAGAGGCACAAUUAAGUGUGGAUAUUACAUCCGAUGCUGCUUUAUUACUCGAGAACGAUCUUGAAGUUCGUAUACCUCCGGCAAAUGAAGAUGUAGUUGUGACUAUGGAGGACAUAAGAUAUAAAAUUUCUGAGGCUUCUACAUCAACAGCAGAACUUCUCACCCAUCAAGGCUCCACAAUCACUCAGGCUGGAUCACUUCCGAGCGACACCGAUCAAUGCUCCACAUACAUGCGAGGUGGAUCGCUCUCGAGAAACAGCGUAGAAAUACCAAAACCCAAGGAUUUCGAUGAUGAGGAUGCGAUGUUGCAACAAGCAUUGAUUCAGUCCAACUAUGACGAGUUUCUGAAGGCGAAGGUUUGCGAUUGUAGCUUCGCCUGCUCCCACAAAAGUCAUAUCAACAAAGACACAAAGCCCGACACCGUUGAGAAUGAUGAAGAAAUAAGCUCCAUCUUCCUUGAUAUCUCUGGUGCUGAAGAAGAUGAUGAUGAUGAUGAGAUCUCUGAUUCGUGUUCCUCAGAAUCUGAUUAUACUGCUGUCUACAUUAGGGGCAGGGAACAAAGCGGACUUGAUGAGAAAAAGAGGCCCAAAACAGGAGAGACGAUGAGAGACGCGGAUGAACCGGCCAAAUUGGUAAACCGCGUGAAAGAGGGUCUGCUAGCUGCCAUUGCGGAACAGUUGAAAAAUAUUUCUAUACAAAUGUUUCCACAGAAGUGUAUAGUGUUGACAGAGGACAACGGGGUCAAUGGUGUUGACGAGAAGUUGAUUGAGGAAACUGCGACAAUCAUAAAAAGGGCAUUCAAACACUUUAAUGUAGACGUAUUCAAUAAAGCAUUGACAGAGGCAUCGGAAAAGGCAAUGGCAGAGGCAGAAGCAGGUGCUUCUAGCGCUAUGGCUUCAUCGCGUCCCAAGCAUCUCGUCAGAGAAAACAUUUUCAUGAAGUGGGAAAGCGCCUACGCACAAAUCAAUCUCAUGCGUCCCGACGAACUCAUGCGUGCUAUCGGCGUCCUGAUCUCCUUCACGAAGUCCACUCCCUAUGCCAGCGCAACUCUCAAAAAUACACCUGAAUCUGAAUACGAUGCGUUGGCCGUCUACAUACACUACUAUUUACAGAUGUGUGUUCAGAUAAAGUGCAUGGAUAUUGCUAAGGGCGGUGGGUGUCCUGAGGAGGAUGAGAAAUGGAGGACGGACAUGCCGUGUUUUAUUUCUUGGUGGAGGCAGGUGAGUCAUGAGAGGAAAGAGGAAUUUAGAAGGGAAUGGAAUAUGGGGGUGUUGAGUAAGGAAAUUCUGAAUAGUGUGGAAGCGGAUGGAGGGGCUGGAGCCGAGGGCAUGGUUGACAAGUUGAGUUUGUGUGCAUGUGCAUGUGCUUCGUGCAGAUGCUAUUAG